GUCUGGGUUAGGCCACUUCUUGGCACCAUCAUGACUAACGCAACCAGGAAGCCACGGCAGUCAAGAGGAGUUGCCAUGCGGUUUGCUUCAAGGAAGAAUGGAACAAAGAAGACCCUUUGUCAAAGGAGGGGCAGAGGCGGUGUCAAGGCACGAAAUAUGACCAUGAGGGUCAGAAGACCUCUACAAGGUACCUUCAGAAAGAAAAUCCGAUCGUAUGCUACUCAAUCGACAAAGCUGAAGAAGACAAGAAAGGCAAACUGUUUCUUCUCUCGCUGUGGACGUAAGAAAUCGAAUCGAAGCCGGAAAAGCUACCAAACUGUGAGGCAGAGUCAAGGAAGGAGGCAGAAUCCAAAGAGAAAAUAAGCUCAGCCGCCGCCAAAGAAGAGACCCUGGAGAAGUACAACGUGGGCAGCCAGUAAGUGAAUAGCAAAUGUCAGACAGUUUAGAAUUGUGGCUCCAGAGGUCUGCUUUGUUAGCAAUGGCCAACCAAGAAAAGACUCUCACACUAACAUAGUAAGCCGAUGGCUGC